AUGUCUAAUAUCGACAUCAAAUCAUCCGAGGUUGAAUUCCUCCGAAGGCUAAAACAAAGUCAGAACUCGGUGGUGUUCAAAGUCCGUUUCCAGGAAAAGAUAUGUGCCAUGAAAGUGUACCACGACAGAGGCCCAUUCGAGCACGAUCCACACUACUGCGAAGUCAAUCUCUUCAUCUCCGAGUCAACCGCAUACCAUCGACUGAAAUCGAAAGGCUUGUGCAGGAAAGGCAUCAUCCCAAACUUCUAUGGAACGAUACGAAACAUCCAACCGGCAUUCUGGCCAGAUCUCGACAUCCUCGACGAGAUCCACACGGCAAACGUUUACCAUGCUGAUGCGAAGCCGCGGAAUAUGAUGAUUGACUUUGAUUCUGCUCAGAUAUUUUCAGAGGGCGGAAGAUCGGCAAGGCAGGAAAGAUGGAUUAAACAGGAGGUUGAGAUGGUGGGUUAUUUUGUUGAUGCUUUGGAUUAUGAGGGGAGGGUUAAUCGUACAUUUUCUUAUUAUUAUGAAUAUAUGUAG